AUGACAUCACCUGGAAACGUCAACGCAUUGAUCUCAGAAUUUGGAGGUGCUGGAUUAUCUGGGAAAGGAACUGGAGGAUCGUCGCUCUUCCUUGCAUAUGCACCCUAUGUGCAACAGUUUCUAUGCCUUGUCGGUGUCGGUACGGGUACCUUAUGGCCGUCUACAGCUGUUGAUGAUCGUGCACCUAAGUAUAAAAUUGAUUGGCUCAUAAAGAAAUUUGCCCUAAAAAGACUCUUGGAUGAGUUAAAAGUCAGAAACAAAAAUAAGCCGUAUUACAACGUUGUACGGCCAUCCGUAAGAGCUCUUGACGGUGAUGGAACAACCGUAUACCGUGCCAUACAAAUGGUCAAUAUGAUGAUUUCGGCUUCAGGCCUUCGGCCCAUCUUCCAUAUAACGGUUACCAAAAACCAUACAAUACGUGCUUCAAAGGGGGACUCUAUCGACUGGUCAAUGGCAUUCUACAUUAUGGGACUGCCCACAACAGCCAUGUGUACCACGCUCAUCAUGUACCAUCUGGUUAAGGUCAGCAAGACUAGGAAUUCCCCAUGCUUCAUGCCGAACACAUAUAACAACAUCAUAGAGAUGUUGGUAGAAUCAUCCGGACUGUAUCUCGUUGUCCUGGUGGUCUUCAUCCUAUUCGAAGUGACAAGUAGUCCAUAUAGUAGGUAUCCAGCAGCAGUGCUUGAGUCGGUCAUUGGAAUUGCGCCAGCAUUGAUACUUCUUCGUGUCGUAUCUAGGAACACAAAUAUGGGUCCGCCAAGUGAUGAUAUGGAUUCAUGGCCUUUACAGUGCCCACCGAGAUCACAAACAGAAGGCGGUGGGACACAUGUGGAUACUGAUGAAGUGAUGAUCAUUGGUCCGGAAAAGAUGGUCCAAGUAUGA